UUGUGGAGAAAUGUAAAGGUUUGCCUCUAGCUGCUAGGACACUCGGUGGCCUUUUACGCAGCAAAGUACGAGAUGAGGAAUGGAUAAAUGUAUUGCGUAGUAAAAUAUGGGAUUUACCACACACAAAAAGUGACAUCCUUCCUGCUUUGAGAUUAAGCUAUCAUGAUCUCCCUUCGCAUUUGAAGCAGUGCUUUGCAUACUGCUCAAUAAUACCCAACGACUAUGAAUUUGAGGAAGAGGAACUAGUCUUGUUGUGGAUGGCGGAGGGCUUCAUUCAGCAACAAAGAGAGAAGCAAAUGGAAGAUGUAGGAGGUGAGUACUUUCGGGAAUUGUUGUCACGGUCUUUUUUCCAACCAUCAAGUACUGGUAAAAGCUCUAAAUUUGUUAUGCCCGACCUCAUCAAUGAUUUGGCUCAAGUAGUUGCAAGAGAAACUUGUUUUAGAUUGGAGGAUAUAUUGAAAUAUCCAGAGCAGUGCAAGACUAUAAAGAAAGCUCGACAUUCAUCUUAUAUGCGGAAGCAAUAUGAGGGUAUCAAAAAAUUUGAGAUUUUCAACAAAGCCAUGCAUUUACGAACCUUCUUACCAUUUAACUUACCAUAUGGUGUGAAUUGUCAUUUGGCAAGCAAUGUUCCCGUUAAUCUAUUGCCGAAGCUAAGACGCUUGAGGGUGCUCAAUAUGAGUAGAUAUUGCAUCACAGAAGUUCCAAAUUCUGUUGGAGAUUUGAAACAUCUGCGGUAUCUUAACCUAUCCAACACUAACAUUGAAGAAUUACCUGAAUCACUAGGCUCUCUUUACAAUCUACAAACAUUGAUGUUAAGAGGAUGUAGACAACUGAAAAAGUUGCCAACAGACUUGGGAAACCUAAUUGACCUACGUCAUCUCGAUACUACAAAUGCACAUUCCUUAAAAGAAAUGCCAUUGGGAAUACGUAAGUUGGCUAGUCUUCAAACACUGUCCAAUUUCAUUGUUACUAAAAACAAUGGGCAUUGGUUAAGAGAGUUGGGGAAUUUAAUUUAUCUUCGGGGGAAGCUUUGCCUAUCUGGGUUACAGAACGUGGUGGUUCCAUUAGAUGCAAGGAAGGCAAAUUUAAAUGAUAAGAAGGGGUUAGAUGUGUUAUCAAUGGAAUGGAGUGUUAACUCAGAUGAUUCACGAGAUGGAAGAGUUGAAACAGAAGUGCUUGAUAUGCUACAACCUCACAAGAAUUUAAAAGAGCUCCAUAUCGAAGGCUACCUUGGUAUAGGAUUUCCGAAUUGGAUAGGAGAUCCUCUAUUCUCCAAUAUGGCUGACCUAAGUUUAGAUAAUUGUGGAAAUUGUGUAUCCUUGCCACCACUCGGACAACUACCCUCGCUCAAAAAGCUUUACAUUAAAGGAAUGAGUGUACUAAAACAUGUCGAUCAUGAGUUUUACGGGCAGGGUAGUGCCAAACCUUUUCAAUUACUGGAGACUCUAAGCUUUAAGGAUAUGCCGGAAUGGGAGUAUUGGUAUACUUUUGAAGAUGAUAAGGAAGUUGAACCAUUUACUCAUGUUAGUGAGCUCUCCAUCGAAAAUUGUCCUAAACUUGUUGGAAUGUUGCCAAGUUAUCUACCUUGUUUGAAUAAUCUAAAGAUUAAGAAGUGCCCGCAAUUGCUAGUUGAAGUUUCCAAGGUUGUCUACCCGUCACUCACCUCUAUAGCUAUGAAUGACGUUCCUCUAACAAGCCUUCAAGCGGUCCUUGAGAUGAGGAGCAUGGUCGAUGACGAACUGAUAUCAGCAAAUGCAAAGUCUAAGCAUCCGAGUUCAAUAACUUCCUUGAGCAUUGGGAUGAUUAAGAAACUCGAGCUCUUGCCGAAAUGGGUUACUCCUGGGCUGAUGGAACUCGAAGCAUUGGAGAUCACAUGCUGUGAAGAACUCAAGACAUUGUGGAAGAACGAGGAGAGAGUGCAACACAGUCUGAGUCUCCCUGCAUUCCGGCGUUUGAAAAUUAAAGGCUGCCCCCAGCUUGUUUCUUUGUUUGAAGAAGAUGAGGAUGAAGACAACAAAGGGCAACAUGAGCAGCAGCAGCAGCAACAAGAGGGACUCCCCUGCAUAGUGAGGAGGCUUGAGCAUCUAACAAUAGAUAAUUGUGAAAAGCUGGAGAAACUGCCACGGCUGCUACAUAACUUCACUUUUCUUGGAGAGUUGUAUGUCUAUAAGUGUCCGAGUCUCAGCUCUUUUCCGGAGGCAGGUUUUCCGUGCACGCUGAAAACACUCAGGAUAGGUGAUUGUGAGGCUCUGCAAUCCUUAUUCGGGUGUUUAACACAGAUUAAUGACAGUAAUCUUCAAGUGUUAGAUGUUCGUCAUUGUCCAUCCCUCACAAGCUUGAUAUCGUGCAGAGGUGGGGGGCUACCACCCACACUCAAAGAGCUUGAGAUUUGGAGGUGUAAAAAGUUGGAGGCUCUGCUAGUAGUAGAGGAAGGGAUGGAAAUUACCUGUCCAUCUCUUGAGUCUGUUUGGAUCACUGAUUGUGAUAGGCUCAAAUACUUGCCAGAUGCCCUUCCUAAUAAUAAUAAUAAUCUCAGGAAUCUCAGUCAAUUGUACUUGAAAGGGUGUAAGAAUUUGGAGUACAUUCCGGAGGGAUGGUUCCACUUCGCAACAAAUCUGGCACAUUUGGAGAUCAGGGGAUGCAAAAAACUCAAGGCCCUACCACACGGAUUGCAGAGCAUCAACUACCUCACUUCUCUUCAAUCGCUGGAGAUAAAUAUUUCACAAUGGAACAACAAUUUCAAGAAGAUUGGUUUGCACAGUUUAUCCUCUCUUACAUCACUGUGGAUUCAAGAGGAUGAAGAAGAAGAAGAAGGUGUAGCGGGGUCCAGCUUUCCGAUAGAUGGGAAUUUGCUGCCCACCUCUCUGAUCUAUCUUUGGAUCGUGGAUUUCCGAAAUCUGGAGAAGUUAUCUUCUAAGUUGUUUCAAAACCUCGCCUCUCUUGAAUCUCUUGCAAUCUGGGAUUGCCCUAGGCUCAAAUCUUUACCAGUGCAAAGGUUGCCUCCCUCACUUGAGAGAUUGUGGAUCCGUGGAAGUCGGAAACUAGCAAGGAAGUGUGAAAAGGGGAAAGGCAAAUAUUGGCCCCACUUAGCUCACAUACCUGAAGUCGAUGUUUUUGAUGAGUGAUAAGCUCUGUUGCGGAGAUUCCCACCGCAGUUUUACAAGCACUCAAAUUGCCAGAAAUGUGCUUUCAAGGAUCUAAAUACAAAGAAAUGCUUCUUCUGAUAGAUUUCCUCGUCUGCUUUUAUUUCUGAGGCAACCACAACAAAUGGAAGAGUUCACAUUUCUUUCUAGCUUGGUGCAUUUGUCCCUGGAUAUCCUGUCCAUCCAGUGAUUGUUUGCUAUCCCCUUGUACACUUUGACCAAUCCUGGGGAAAUAUAGCUUUGGGAAAGCUCAUGUUUAGAAUGUUCAUAGUUUCUUCAUAG